AGCGGCGAUGUAAACACUGCACGAAGCAGCUCCGAACAAAGUUCUAACGUUCAUUACAGAUUAAUUAGAGAGUUAUAUUUUGCACAACCCCGACUUCCAGAAGGCUUAACAACAGCCCGUUUGUCGCUAUUUGUUUGUAGUGUGUGUUUCUUGCUUCUUGUGUCUCUUCUUGCCUCGGUUAGUUAGCUACGCUAAGCUAACGUUGAGUUUAAAGCGCUCACAAUGAGGGAACUCAGCAAAAACGCUCACCUGCAAAAAGCCACCCGGGAGAAACUGGAGAGGUUCAACAGAAUACGGGGCAAAGAGGUGAAACCUGGAGAAUUUUGGGACCUUGUGGUUAUCACUGCAGCGGACGAGGACCAGAGAUCUGCAUACGAAGUCCAGAUCCGAGAGAAGUGCGACAGGAAAGAGCUUCCGAUUGGCAUUAGUUACCAUGUGUUUGCAGAUCCUCCAGGAUACAAGAUUGGUAAUGGAGGGUCAACUUUACAUUCACUGCAGCUCCUGAGUGAUCAGUACGGGGCGAACCUGUCCAGAUUCAGAGUCAUUCUGAUACAUGCAGGAGGCUUCAGCCAGCGCUUACCCAACGCCAGCGCUCUUGGCAAGAUCUUCACCGCACUUCCUCUUGGAGAACCUCUGUAUCAGAUGCUGGAGCUCAAACUGGCCAUGUACGUGGACUUCCCUUCUCGCAUGAAGCCUGGCGUGCUGGUCACCUGCGCCGAUGACAUCGAAUUAUACAGCGUGAGUGAUAGUAUUGUGUUUGAUAAGCCAGGCUUCACGGCACUGGCCCACCCUUCGCCUCUGUCCAUCGGAACCACGCAUGGAGUGUUUGUUCUGGAACCAGCAGAAGAUUCCCAAAUCAGAGACGUGGAGUAUAGAACCUGCUUCCAGUUCUUGCACAAACCGAGCAUUGAAAGAAUGCGUAAAAGCGGUGCGGUGUGCAAGAAGGCGGGCGAGGACUUUGUCUACACUGACAGCACCUACUUUGUUGAUUAUGGCAGUGCACUGACACUACUGAGCUUGUUUAGAGAUAUCAGACCUUUGAGAUGUGAAAUAGACGCUUAUGGAGACUUUCUUCAGGGCCUGGGUCCAGGGGCCACAGUGGAAUACACCAACGACACCGCAAACGUCACCAAGACAGAGAGCAGCCUGGUGGAGAUCAGAAAGAAAAUCUUCUACUGCCUGAAAGGAACACCACUCAAUGUCAUUCUCCUCAACGAAUCAAAGUUCUACCACCUCGGCACCACAGAGGAAUACCUGUUCCACUUCACGGUUGACCCAUGUCUCAGGGCGGAGCUUGGCAUCCUGCCAGCCGCCUUUAGUGUAUGUCAGCUGGAGGCUUCUGAAGAACAUACUGCUUGUGUUAUGCAUAGCGUUCUGCACCCAAGCACUUCAGUGUCUGCAGGAACUGUGGUGGAGUACUCCAGACUGGAAGCCAAAGUAACCGUUGGCACCAGAGCUAUUGUGAGCGGAUGCUGGAUUGGAACAGAACUUUCAGUGCCCAGUGAAACCUUCAUGCACUCUCUAAGCACCACUCUGGAUGGCAAGACAGUCUUCGUGACCGUAGCCUUCGGCAUCCGAGACGACCUGAAGAAAAAAGUGUCCAGUCCUGCGAAUAUAGACAAGCUGGAGCUUUUCGGAGCCACCCUGGAAGAGUGCGUGAGCCGCUGGGCGCUGUGUGCCGAGGACAUGAGGUUCUCUAGGGAUGUGUGCAACCUGUGGAACUGCUGCCUCUUCCCUGUAUGUAAGGACAUGAAGAGUUCCUUUGCUACAACAUUGGAGAUGGUGUGGGCAGCGCACGGGAAAGGGAAAGUGACCUUACCCAGGAGCACUAGACUACUCUCACUGCAGGAGAUCCUGCAGAGCAAAGACUUGGAGCGGAUGCUGGGCUUCAGAAAAGGGCUUUAUGAAGAAAUUCUCACAACUAAAUGAACUGUUGCACCAGCGGCAGCAUAAAUCAGAGAUACUGUAAUUAGAAUCAUAUCAGAAAUGUUUAUUUUAAUUUGAGGAGAAAAAGAAAUAGACUUUGGAUUUCAGCCAUUUGACAAAAAUGAAGACCUCAUGUUUUAAUUUCUGCUAUCAUUUAAAAUGAAAUAUACCAUCUA